AUUUAUACGGCAGAAGAAGCCGAAUUGAAGUAAGCUAGGUCGUUUAACAGAGCGCCUAACUUGAACUCUAACUAAAAUUUUCUUUCUCAUUUAUGGUUUGUUGAUGCCUUUAUUAUAUUUCCAUCUCAGAGACACAUUUGCGAAGACCAGGAUCCACUGCAGGUGCAGGUGUAUGUGCAACUCUGCACCAUCCCCAACACUUGUUUCUCUUCAUUAUGCCCCAUUCAACCAACCUCUUUCAAUUUUCUACUCACUCUUGCAUCAAUUCUCAAACACCCUUAUCCAUGUCAAGUCCAUCCAUGCUCAGAUUAUUAAGAAUUGGGUAUCAACUGAAAACUAUCUUGCCGCAAAACUCAUCAGGGUCUACUCUGAUUUGGGUUUUAUUUGCCCUGCCCGCAAGGUGUUUGAUCAAUGUUCUUUACAAGGUACAGCUGUUUGCAAUGCCAUGAUGGCUGGGUUACUGAGGAACCAGCAACACGUGGAGGUUCCCAAGUUGUUCAAAAUUAUGGUGUUUGGUGAUUUAGAAAUCAAUAGUUACACGUGCAUGUUUGCUCUCAAGGCAUGCACCAACUUGUUGGAUGAUGAAAUUGGUAUGGAAAUAGUUAUGACAGUGUUUCGAAGGGGGUUUCAUGUGCAUCCCUAUGUUGGUAGUUCUAUUGUUAACUUUUUUGUCAAGUGUGGUUAUCUUGAUGAUGCGCGAAAAGUAUUUGAUGGAAUGCCGGAAAAGGAUAUUGUAUGCUGGAAUUCUAUCAUUGGUGGUUAUGUGCAGGAGGGAUUCUUCAGGGAGGCAAUUAAACUGUUCCUUGCGAUGAUUGGUGGUGGGUUAAGGCCGAGUCCAGUGACAAUGGUGAGCUUACUCAAAGCGUGUGGAGAGAGUGGACUUAAAAAACUAGGAACCUCUGCUCAUGGUGUUCUCAUUGCUUUAGGCAUGGGGAAUGACGUAUUUGUGCUUACUUCGUUGGUUGAUAUGUAUAGCAAUUUAGGUGACACAGACAUUGCUGCUUUGGUUUUCAAUGGCAUGUUCAAUAGAAGUUUGAUUUCGUGGAAUGCUAUGAUUUCAGGAUAUAUUCAAAAUGGUUUGAUACCUGAAUCUUUUGCACUCUUUCGUAGACUAAUCCAAAGUGGUUCUGGGUUUGAUUCUGGGACCUUGGUGAGCCUCAUUCGAGGAUGUUCUCAAACAUCUGACUUGGAAAAUGGAAGAAUCCUCCAUGCUUGUAUUAUAAGAAAAGGAAUUGAAUCGAACAUAGUUUUGUCCACUUCAAUUGUUGACAUGUAUUCUAAAUGUGGUGCCAUAAAGCUAGCAACUAUUGUUUUCGGAAGAAUGGAGAAAAGGAAUGUAAUUACAUGGACUGCCAUGCUGGUGGGUUUAUCUCAAAAUGGCUAUGCAGAGGAUGCCCUUAAAUUAUUUUUUCAAAUGCAAGAAGAAAAAGUUCCCGCCAAUUCUGUCACUCUUGUUAGCCUUGUGCAUUGUUGUGCCCACCUAGGAUCCCUCAAGAAAGGAAGGAGUGUCCAUGCUUAUUUGAUCCGACAUGGCUAUGCAUUUGAUGCAGUUAAUAUGUCAGCAUUGCUUGAUAUGUAUGCCAAGUGUGGUAAAAUUCGCUCUGCUGAGAAGUUAUUCAAUAAUGGUUUCCAUUUAAAAGAUGUUAUACUGUGUAACACUAUGAUUAUGGGUUAUGGAAUGCAUGGUCUUGGGCAUUAUGCUCUAUCUUUAUACGAUAGAAUGAUAGAGGAAAGUCUCAAGCCAAGUCAAACAACAUUUAUUUCUUUGCUAACAGCUUGCAGUCACUCGGGCCUUGUUGAAGAGGGUAAGGCUUUGUUCAACUGUAUGGAACGGGAUCAUAAUAUUAAGCCUCAGGACAAACACUAUGCUUGUGUUGUGGAUCUUCUUAGUCGAGCAGGCCGCCUCAAGGAAGCAGAUGCUCUGGUGAAACAAAUGCCCUUCCAACCCAGCACAGAUGUGUUUGAAGCUUUGCUCAGCGGUUGCAGAACCCAUAAGAAUAUUAACAUGGGGAUACAGAUAGCAGAUAGAUUAAUUUCCUUAGAUUACUUGAACUCUGGAAUUUAUGUCAUGUUAUCAAAUAUUUAUGCUGAAGCAGGAAGAUGGGAAUCAGUGAAUUACAUACGAGGCCUCAUGAGGAUGCAGGGUCUAAAAAAGGUACCUGGAUAUAGUUUGAUAGAAAUAGGGAAUCGGGUAUACACAUUUUUUGCUAGUGACGAUUCACAUCCUCGUUGGUCAGAUAUUUAUCAAGUAUUAGAAAAUUUGAGACUCGAGGUGGAGGCAGAAGGUUACAUUCCUGAUACUAGUUGUGUUCUUCGUGAUGUAAAUGAGCCAAUGAAGGUUAAGUUACUCUGGGGACACAGUGAGAGACUAGCCAUUGCAUUUGGUCUUUUAAGCACUCCAUAUGGAAGCUUGAUUAGGAUCACAAAAAAUCUUCGUGUAUGUGUUGACUGUCAUACUAUUACCAAAUACAUAUCAAAAAUAGUUCAGAGGGAAAUUAUAGUCAGGGAUGCUAAUCGUUUCCAUCACUUUGUUAAUGGGAAAUGCUCAUGUAAUGACUACUGGUAAUGAGGACUUAUUGAAAAGUUUUGAGCAAAAGUAACAAAAGCUUCCUUAAUGAGAAUGAACAUGACUAAUGUCACCCCUUUGGUACCCUUCUAUUCAUUACAUGCUUAUAAUAAGAGAACUAUAGUUAUUUCAUCGUUUAACUUUACCAACCAGUCAAUUGUGUUAGUGCGGUGUGUUGUAAUUCUUUUUUUACAUAUGUGGGAAUCACUUUAGAAAUUCCAUACUUUGGUAGUUGUGUAGGUAACAUGGGAGUUGGUGAACUUGACAAUCGUCUCAAUUAGUUAAUCAUGGCAAGAACAUUAGAACUCUUUGGAGAUUUGGUAAACUCCUGAAGUCCUCUCUAUUUGAAUGUUGUAUUUCAGUAUUUGAAGUUUUCAUUUAAAAACUCUUUUAUGUACUUUGUAUGAACAUAUGA